UAAGUCCAGGUUUAGUCCUCCGCUAAUAGGAUACACCCUUUUCUUCCUGAUGUUGCUAAUUCCCACAGUUUCCUGCCUAUUUCAUCAACCCUCCUCGCUUCAUCCCCCCUUCCUCUUGCCAAAUCUCUUCAGUUUCGUGAUAAAGAUGCAAUCUUGCUACAAAAAAUCUCUCCUUUCGUGAUAAGAGUUCUGAGACCGGAAUCGCAUGCAGAGAGAACGGGAAGAGGGAGUGUAGACUAGAGAUCUACUGAGCCUUGAACCCCAUGGGAAAUACAUGUGUCGGCCCAAGCUUCUCCAAGAAUGGAAUUCUGCAAUCCUUUACUGCAACCCUUUGGCCUACCCAAGCACAGGAUGAUGCAUUACCCCCCAUGAAAAGCGGCGAUUCUGGAAACGAAACUUCUUUAACUGUCGAAAACAGACCUCCGGAGCAGGUUAAGAUCCAAGAAGCUAAAUUUCCAGCAGCUGAGGCGAAGCUCCCAUCUGAUCCGCCUCCUAAAAAACCACCAAAGAAGCCGAUACAUGGAAAGAGAAUCUCAAGUGCUGGUCUUCUUGGUUCUGUAUUGCGGCGAAAAACUCAGAAUUUAAAGGAGAUUUAUAGCUUAGGAAAGAAGCUUGGGCAAGGACAGUUUGGAACUACUUACUUGUGUGUGGAGAAGGUUACUGGGAAAGAGUAUGCUUGCAAAUCUAUAGCUAAGAGGAAAUUGACUACUGAAGAUGAUGUGGAGGAUGUGAGGAGGGAGAUUCAGAUAAUGCAUCACUUGGCCGGCCAUCCGAAUAUUAUUUCAAUCAAGGGAGCUUAUGAAGAUGCUGUGGCUGUUCAUGUUGUGAUGGAUUUGUGUGCUGGGGGUGAGUUGUUUGAUAGGAUAAUUCAGAAGGGGCAUUAUACAGAGAAAAAGGCUGCAGAGCUUACAAGGGUUAUUGUGGGUGUUGUGGAGGCUUGUCACUCUUUGGGGGUUAUGCAUCGAGAUCUGAAGCCAGAGAAUUUUCUUUUUGUUAAUCAGUCUGAGGAGGCUCUUCUCAAGACAAUUGACUUUGGGCUGUCUAUAUUUUUCAAACCUGGUGACAUGUUUUCUGAUGUGGUUGGUAGUCCUUACUAUGUAGCACCAGAAGUUCUUAGAAAGCGGUAUGGUAUUGAGGCAGAUGUUUGGAGCGCUGGGGUGAUUAUUUAUAUCCUUCUUAGUGGUGUCCCUCCUUUUUGGGCAGAGUCCGAACAAGGUAUUUUUGAUGAGGUUCUGCAUGGUGAUCUUGACUUUGAGACUGAUCCAUGGCCUAGCAUCUCAGAUAGUGCUAAAGAUCUUGUGAAGAAAAUGCUUGUAAGAGAUCCUAAAAGGAGGUUGACAGUUCAUGAAGUUUUGUGUCAUCCAUGGGUUCAAGUUAAUGGUGUUGCUCCCGACAAGCCCUUAGAUUCUGCAGUCUUAACUCGCAUGAAGCAUUUCUCUGCAAUGAACAAGCUCAAGAGGAUGGCUCUGAGGGUGAUCGCAGAGAGCCUAUCUGAGGAUGAAAUUGCUGGCCUGAAGGAAAUGUUCAAGAUGAUAGACACUGACAAUAGUGGACAUAUAACCUUUGAUGAACUAAAAGUUGGAUUAGAAAGAGUGGGUGCAAACCUCAAGGAGUCAGAAAUUUAUGCUCUCAUGGAAGCUGCUGAUGUUGAUAACAGUGGAACCAUAGACUACGGUGAAUUUAUAGCUGCAACUGUACAUCUAAACAAAAUAAACAGAGAGGAUCACUUAUUUACAGCCUUCUCCUAUUUUGAUAAGGAUGGAAGUGGUUACAUAACUAGAGAUGAACUCCAACAGGCCUGUGAAGAAUUUGGUAUGGAGGAUUUAAGAUUGGAGGAAAUUAUCAAAGAAGUUGAUCAAGACAAUGAUGGUCGCAUCGAUUACAAUGAAUUUGUCGAAAUGAUGCACAAGGGUAGUGCGGGAUUUGGAAAGAAAGGCUUGCAGAAUAAUCUGAGUGUUGGACUUAGGGAGGCUUUGAGGCUUGUUUAAUCAGGAAGGAUUAUACAUUUUUGUUAUGAGUUUUUUUUUUUCUUCUGUUUUUAGGAAAUGUAAAGAUUGAUUGAGAGCUUGGAUUGAGAAGCACAAUCAAGUUUGCUGUAUUUAUACUGAAUCCAUCAAAUCUUGUAUGAUGAUUUGUUUGCAUAAAGAAUGAAAAAAUGUGAAGCUUCUACUUUAUAA